AAAUAUGUGGACCUUCUAAUUGUCCAAUAAGAUUAACUCCUUAAUGAUGAAGGAGUUACCUCUCUUUUCCUAUAAAUAUGUAGUACACCUCCUUGUUAAUGUUACACAAAAACCUCAUAAGCACGAAUUUCUGCUCGUAUACAUCUACAAAAAUCAUCCGAAAGUUAACAUGUCGAACUUGGUCAACCUCAAAAUCGCUGCUCUAGAUGCUUCUGGAAAAAAUUACAUGACUUGGGCAUUAGAUGCCAAAAUGCAUCUGAAGGCAAAAGAGAUUGUAACAACAAUCGAUAAAAAGCAAAAGACAUCGGAAGCAGAUAAGGCAAAAGCGAUAAUAUUUCUGCGACAUCAUCUUGACGACGUAUUAAAAGAUGAGUAUCGAACAAAAGAGGAUCCCGCAGAUUUAUGGGAAUCACUCAAAGAUCGUUUUGAUCAUCAAAAAUAUGUGAUCCAUCCAAAAGCCAAACAUGAUUGGUUGAAUUUGAGAUUCCAAGAUUUUAAGUCUGUGCGAGAAUAUAAUUCUGCAAUGUUUGAAAUCAUCUCCAGAUUGGAAUUAUGUGAAGAAAAGGUGUCGGAACAUGAUAAGUUGGAGAAAACAUUAUCAACAUUUCAUGCUGAUAAUGUUGUUUUGCAACAACAAUAUCGGGCAAAAGAGUUCACAAAAUAUAAAGAUUUGAUCCAAGUCCUACUUGUUGCAGAGCAAAAUAAUCAGCUUCUAAUGAAAAAUCAUCAAGCUCGCCCAACUGGUUCUGCUCCAUUUCCUGAGACAAAUGCAACAUUUUCAAACUAUAACCGUUGGCAAGGUCGCGGACGUGGACGUGGACGUAGUCGUGGCCGAGGCCGUGGUCGAGGACGUGGACGUGGACGUGGGAGAAACCACAGUUAUCAGCCACAACCUUUUCAUAAUGGAGAUAUAAAGAAAAGGGAGUAUCAUAGAAGUGAAAAUUAUGAUGCGAACAAAAGGCACAAAGAAAAUAUUUGUUAUCGAUGUGGUAUGAACGGUCAUUGGUCACAGACCUGCCGCACACCAAAACAUCUUGUUGAGUUAUACCAACAAUCACGGAAAGACAAAGGGAAAAGUGUCCAGAUAAACUUUGUAUCUGAUGACCUUGGUGAUUUCAUUGAUAAUGAAGCGGAUGGGACACAUCUGGAUAUCGCAGAUUUUCUUGAUCAGUCCGAGGAGAAAAUGACCAAUGAGUAAAAGUUGAUAUGAAGUCUGUUAUAAGUUCUGAAUGUUGCAUGUUAUCUUUCUUUUAAAAUAUGUUUUCAUGUAAAAUGUUGUUGUAUGUUUUUCUAGAUUUCUAUUGUACUCUGAAGUUAAGUUCUUGUGUUAUGUACUAUUUUUAUCUUAUCUUUAUUUUCA